AUGGCGUCUGCACGGCCGGCCAUGCGUCUGGGCUCCAGUCGCUCCCUGGCCUCUACUGCUAGACCGUCUUCUGCGCGCUUCUUCUCCGCAGCUAGCCCGUUGCGACAGGCGAAGGUCGUAUCCAACACUCCAACCCCAAAUAUGAGAGAGCUACCUCGCCCUGCCGUCGGGGAAUUACACCGCUCUGUUGUCAAUCCCGUAGACAAAUACGCCGAAAAAUCCGCGAGCCUACACAAAUAUGGCCAAUACCUCAUGUCCUGCCUGCCGAAAUAUAUCCAGCAGUUCUCCGUCUGGAAAGACGAAUUGACCAUCUACAUCCCCCCUUCAGGCGUCAUACCUACUUUUACUUUCCUCAAACAACACACGGCGGCGGAGUAUACACAAGUUGUUGACAUUACGGCUGUUGAUUUCCCCGGCCGUGAUCAGCGCUUCGAGGUAGUUUACAAUCUUCUCAGCGUGCGUCACAAUUCGCGGAUACGUGUCAAAACGUACGCGGACGAAGCCACCCCAGUGCCUAGUAUUACCUGUCUCUACGACGGAGCCCUGUGGUACGAACGUGAGGUGUACGAUUUGUUUGGCGUGUUUUUUGUCGACCACCCUGAUCUCCGACGUAUUAUGACGGAUUACGGAUUCGAUGGACAUCCACUGAGAAAGGAUUUCCCACUAACGGGAUACACGGAAAUUCGAUAUGACGAAGAAAAGAAGAGAAUUGUCGUUGAGCCAUUGGAGAUGACACAGGCUUUCCGCGACUUCCAAGGGGGGUCCUCUGCCUGGGAACAGAUUGGAGAUGGUAUCGACAAGACACCAAGCGAAGUAAUUCAAAUUACCAAGCCCCAAACCUGA